AUGGAGAAAAAGCUCUUGUUCUCUACAAAACCAAACAAAAUCCCUCCCAAGAUUCCCCUCCUCCCUGAAUUGAUUAUCAGAUCCGCCAACGCCUCCUCUCCCGGACCUUCUUCACACGCCACUCCAAGCCGCUGGACUUCUCCAGGCCACCAGGACCGACCCAACGGUUACCUCUUCAACCGGACACCGCCACCUCCUGGGCAGUCCCGCAAAUGGGAGGACUGGGAGUUACCUUGCUACGGUACCAGCUUCCUUACCAUCGUCAUCCUUGGUGUCGGCCUCAAUGCCAAGCCCGAUCUUACUAUCGAGACUUGGGCACACCAGAAAGCCCUCGAGAAACUCGCCGCCGAAAUCCUCUUCUUCUGAAUGAACUUCAAUCUGGGUCUGUUGGGUACGGAUCUUUGCAAACUUUUUGAUUUUCUGUUGUUGAUAAAUGUGUAGUUCUAAUAAAAAAUUGGAUUCUUGUUGAAGGAUUUCUACUUUUUUUUGUGUUGGAUUUGUGCUUUCGAUGAUGAUGGAAGCCAUGAACUUAUUUGUGAUCAUAAUCUGAUGUUUUCUUAUUGAGUUUUGAUGGAUUUUGAGUUUAAUUUGCUUAA